AUGCAUUUAUUUUUACCUUAUAGCAUUUUCCAUUCCUUUUGUUUCCUCAUUUUCAACUUCGUCGCCAUCUACUAUCGCCGACUCUUGACCAAUCUCGCCGAACCAUAUUUCUCUGCAAUGUCCGGCUUUUUCUUUAUUCCAAUGUAUUUCACUGCAAUCGCACCAUGGAUUUUGUACGGAAUUCUCCAAAAAACCGAGCGAGGACGCCAGAAUUCCACGCAAAGUCUGAUCUCUUUGGAGAGACAAGCGAAUUCCGUUUAUUUCAACGCGUUGAGAGAACAAUGGAAAUGG